AUGACUGGGGAUCAGCGCUUUGUAAUUAGCGCCCGCAUCAUUGGAGCCGUCCACAGAGACACACCAAAACUCAAGAUGUUCAUGAUAUGUCUGCAGUGGUCUGAUGGGGCUGAGGUGAUAAUCUACAGAUCUUUCCAGGAUUUCAAGAAAUUUCAUAGGCAGCUGAAAAAGAGAUUCCCUCACCUGAACCCUUUCCGGAAAAACGACAGAGUGAUUCCCAAAUUUCAAGGAAAGGCCAGGAGGAACAGCCUGCAGCAGAAAAGUUCCAGGCGAUCUAUCCAGCGCAUGAAGCUUUUGGAGAGCUACUGCGAGAAACUUCUUAAGUGCGACCAGACGGUGACUCAGAGCUCAGAGGUCACGCAGUUCUUCACUCCCAAAGACCAGGACCUGCAGCCGGACUUCACCAAGAACAGCGUCAUGAUCAUGCUGUCUGAUGAUCUGCCUGAUGAAUCCGGUAGUGGAGGAGGGGUUUCCACCCGUCAGCCUGCAGGCAGUGUGAGCCACCCGUUGGUCACCCAGACGCACCGCUGCGUGGCCGCCUACGAGACGAAGGACACCAACAAUCGUCCAUUUAAGGUCGCUGUGGACGAGAAGCUGGACGUACUGAUCAAAGACCCUGCCGGCUGGUGGAUGGUGGAAAACGAGGAGAAGCGCCUGGCCUGGUUUCCCGCUCCCUAUCUGGAGCUAUGGGAGGCAGAGGAUGAUGAUGAUGAUGUCGACAACGCCCGAUUCCAGUCUGGAGGUUCCCUGUAUUGUGCGGUGAGGAGUUACUCCACUAAGAAGGAGGAUGAGGUGUCUGUGCCCCUGGGCUCCGUGGUGGAGGUCCUGGAGAAGUCUGACAAUGGCUGGUGGCUCAUCAGAUACAAUGGCAAGGCAGGUUACAUCCCCUCCAUGUACCUGAGGCCAUACAACAACCCACGUACUGGCCUUUUCAACUUACAGAGGAAGAUGUAUAGCUCUACUCUCAACCUGGCAUCCAGCAGUGCGCCUCAGACCUCUUAUUUACCCGUCACCGACCCAGAAAGGGAUUCUGCAGAUCAGUACAGAGGUGAGACCCCUGCGCCUGGGCGGUUCCACAAGUCCCAAUCUCUGGACGUCCUCUCUGAGACCUGGUCGCAGCCACAGACGGAGAGGGACGGUCUGACCUCAGACGGGCGCGUGCGCAACAUGAGCAACGCCAGCAACGAGUCCAGCCUGUCCGGCUUCUCAUCGAGCAGCGGAUCCAGCAACUCGGUCUUGGACAGCUCCACCAGCCGCCCUGCAGUCUCACGCCAGGCUAACGUCGGAGACAGCGGGCACAGUAGCCCUGACCUCAGCCUGUCUAAUGGCCGCAGCUUCAGCAUCGACUCCGAGGGCUCUGGAUCAAGCGGGUCCAACGGCAGCGAGGGAGCUCCGAGGGUCCCGCCCAGACCCAAGACUGAUGAGAUCCUGACCCGCUGCACCACCAUGACCCGUAAAGCAGCCCUGGCCUCCCAGAGGCAGCUCAGAAUUCAGCCGCAGACCAAUCCAAGCUGCAGUCGCUGA